AUGCUUAAAUUAUUUGAACCAUAUUACAAGGAAUUGAUUUUCUUACUCUCAUAGUUUUUAAAAUUUGAAUUUACUUAACCUUAGAUUAUAUAAAUCCUCCUCAUAAUUGUAAAUUAGGUGUAACCAAUUUCCUUUAACUUUUAUCAUAUAUAUAACCCAGAAAAAUAAUUUGAACCAACACUUUAAUCACUACUUAUUUUAACGCGGCCAUACUUGUUUAUAGUUAAUGAACAAUCAAAAGUAAUUGUUUUCAGUAUAUGCUUUACCAUUCAAUAGAUAAUAAUACUCAUGACAAUAUACUUAAUUAUAUAGUCAAAAAGGCAAUAGUAUCAUGAAAUGCACACCUCUAAUGUAAUUCUCCGUUACAUUUGUAAUUAUUAUUAUUUGGUUUCAUCAACAUUUUUUUGCUGGCUGAUAGAAAUAUGUAUGAUGAAUAUCACGGAAAUAUAUGGAAUCAUUCUGGAGAUUAUAAUGAUCUUGGAGAUCGCAUUUAUCAUAAUAUUUUCUGAUAUUGUAUUUUAAAGUGGAUUGAUAUUAAGAGUGACAACAUAAUUACCAUUAAAUAACAAUUAAGUAAAAUAUUUCAUAAAACCAUUAAGAAUAUUUCAAAUAAUGAUAUUUUUUUUCUUAACUAACUCGAAAUUGGGUCUAAUAUUACAAAAUAUUUUGAUCAUUACAAUACAAACGCUGCAUAUUUAUUAAAUUUUAGAAUUAAAAAUAUAUGCAAAAACAAAAUGCGUUUUAACAUCCCUAAUCAUUGCAUCUUUUGGGAUUAUAAUACCAAUAGAAUCUUUAAUUGUCUAGAAUAGAAUAAAAGACAACUUAUGGCUAUUGUUAUCUCUCAUAUUAAUAUGCUUAUUACAUUUAAUGCAUAAAGCAUAAUGCUUAUCAUUAUAAACUAUGGAUUUGAGAAGAUUGAAGUACCUUUUUUCAUAUGUUGAGAGCUUAGAUGGGAAUCAUAAUAUGAACAUGUUGAAGAUGACUCUUAUAAUUUGUGAACACCAACAAAAUUGCUAAAAAUGCGAAUGCAUUUGUAAGAAAGAGAUGAAUAUUAAAUAAAAAAUCCUAUAACUCAUAGAGAUGAAGUUAGAUAUGCUUUUGGAAUAAAGAACUAAAAAGAUAGAGCAGCUAACACUAGAUUUAUCUUAGAUAUUGUUUAGGAGAAGACAAUUUGUAAAGGCAUAAUAAGUCAUCUUUAGAGUGGCCUAUUCUAAGGAAAAUUAUUAAAACAAAUAUAACUCAUAUAAUCUCUCCUUGACUACUCAUUGCCUAUUAGACUUUCUAAAAUAUUAAAUUGAGAAUGAUGUACUUAUCCAAAUGAUGGAAAGAAUGAUUCUAACCAAUCCAAAUAACAAAUUAAUUGCAGAUUCUUUAAAAUAGUUUUCCAUUAAUGAAAACAGCGAUCAAUACAUACAGAUGAAGUUAAAAAAGACUAUAUUAGAUAAGAGCCAAUUUUACUACUAUUUUAUUGAGCAUUCAAAUAAAUUUCAAGGAGAUAUAAAUUACCCAAUAAAAAUAAUAAGGUAAUUAUAAUAAUUUCGAAUAGAAUUGACUGAGAGAUAUCAAAAAUUUCCAACUUCUAGCAAUCAAAAUGUUUUAAAGUUUUACUUAUUAGAAGUUUUAAAUGACUACAUAGAAGCUUUUGAUUUAAAUAAAAACAAAGCAUUAAAUGAUGAGAAAUAUUAACUAUUUCAUGACUCUGUCUAUAAUAAAUUAUUUGGAUAGAAUCCUUCUUAUAUAGUUGCUGAAAUCAAUAAAGAUCUUGAUGUGAUUAUUGUAAGGCAAUCUAAAAAGGCCAUGAAGAAAUUUUAAUCAAUUUAUGGAUCUAAAUGGAAGAAUUCUCUCGAUAUUAGUGUUAAUGACUUUAUACCUGAGUAUGUUUAGAGAUAACACAGAACACUUAUUGAGUAAUUUUUUGAUGAAGGAACCAAUAAAUAUUACCAGUAAUAGAACCUCGCAUUUCUUAAGUUGUUUGAUAAAAUUAUGUUGCCGAUUGAGAUGAUGGUUGGUCUAAAUCAAAGUAGUUCUCAAACGUUUUCAUUCCUUAUAUUUUUUUAUGAAUAAAUGGAUUAUAGAUCGUAUUUGGUUGUAAAUUAAUCCUUCGAUAUUAUUAAUUGCAGUGAAAACAUCAGUAAUUAAAUUUUAGGAAAUAAUUAAUAUUCUACAAGUUUCAUUUCAACCAAAAAUCUUGGAACUAUUUUCAACAUCAUUCCUGAAUUUGAUUUAUUGAUCUAAUCAAAUGUCAAGAAUUUCUUUAACCACAAUAUUCGCCUGUUAAGUAGCAAUGGCAAAUAAGCUAGCCAAAGAUUCUUAGACUAUUUCAGUAAUAUCAAUAUUGAGAAAAGGUUUACAGGUGAAAACUUGUGUUAUAUGAUUACUUUAGACAACAUUAGAUCUAACAAUAAUAGAAACACAGAUUCCAAAUUAGAUACUAGUAUAUUCUAAAAGUAACAAACGAAUGACUUAUUGAUGAUUCACAAAUUAGAGAGAAUGAAAGAGGAUAUAGACGAAGAUAUCGAAAAAGCUUUCCCUUAUUAAGAAAUUUUCGAUAUCUCUUUGAUAAAGAAAGGAAAUCCACUAAAUUAAAGUGAGUCAUAACAUGUGGAGUCUAAGCUUUAUAUUACUGAUUUAAUGGUUGAAUAGGAACAAACCAAUCCUAUUCAUUAACAAUAUAAGAUGAACUAAAAAUUAUUCAGUCCUAAAGAAUCUAUGAACGAGGAAUUCAUAACUAAAAAACAGUUUACAUUUUAAAAUGAAACCAGGGAUUUUGCUUCAGGAUCUUCAAUUACAAUGAUUAAAAAAUCCAAAUUUUACAAAAAAUUCGAAAUCAUUUAUUCCCUUUGUAAGUCCUUAAAAAGUUCCUCCAAAUUAAUGAAAGCCAACAUAAACUUUAUUCUCUUUGUGGUUUUAAUUUAAAUUUACAUAAUAAUUAACCUAUCUUUGAUAUCCAAUAUCCGGGGUUUUAUCUAGGACAUUAAAUUGCUUUCGGUAAGAUAUGAUGUAACAGGACCUUUAGAGUCCUUCUCAGUAUCAAGAUUUACUUAGAUUAACUAUAAAGAAAUGUUGGCUAGGAAGGCGAUUAAUGCUACCUAUGCUGCCUAGUUAUAAAUUUUUCCCAAAAAUUACUUAAUGCAGUCUUUUGAUAAAAUGAAAAAGAGCAUGGGAGAUGUACUUCUAAGGAGUGAAAUUGAUUAGAUUUCAAAUAUUACAUAUAUGCCAAUUAUGUUAUAUGUGAAUACAAAUAAUACAGGACAGGAAUAUAAUAUCAGCAAACGAUCAAUUAUAAUAAUAACUUUGAAUUAUUAAUAUGAUUUCAAAUUGCAUUUAGAUGGACAAGGAGGAGGCUUUGAUAAUCCAUAUUAUUAUUUUACAUAUAAGGAUUAUCAAAUUGUAAAGUCUAUGUUUGAUCACUUGAAUGUGGUUAUUUUAGACAUUACACUUGAGAGAUCAAAUUAAGAAAAGAAAAAGUGGAUGUUUGGGUAUUUUCCAUUCUGGGGUUUGAACUUUUUGAUAACUUUAUUAAUAAUUUUACAAUAAAUUAGACAUAGUAAUGAAAAAAGUGCUAUAAUGAAAUACAUAUCUUCAAUUGAUUUAAAUAUUAUAGAGUAAGAAAAAUUAAGAUUAUCUUAUUUAUAAUAAAUAGUAGUUUAAGAUAUGGAUGUUAUUAAAGCAUUUGUUAUAGACAUCGAUUAAGUUGAUAAUUAAUUAGAAAAGUCCAACAUUAAAUAAAAAUAAUUCUUCUCAAAAAAAUCAAAUACAAAACUUACUAAUAAUAAGCCUAUUCUAGGACUUGCUCUUAGUAUUGGUCACUUCUUACUGUUUACAGCAUUUAGCAUAUAUUUAUUUUGGACUUUCAGGAUAUAUUUCUUAAAAUAUGAAAAAACAGCAGCAUUUUAUUAAUAAUUAUCUGAUUUGGGUGUUGAUAUACCAGCUGUUUAUGCUCAAAAAGAAAUAUUAUUUCGAGUAACACUGAGAUAUCCUUUUCUCAACUCAACUGAUUUGAAUUAAACUUAUGCUGUUAUUUUUAAUGCUUUGAAUUCAAUUAGUAGAUAUCAAUAAUAAAAUCUAAAUUUAAGUAGCACUGAUUAUUUGUUUGAUGAAUAUUUAAUUGACUUUUUCACAACUUUAAACACCGGCAAUUUAUGUGAGUUUUAGAGUGACGAAUUAAAAUAGUAAACCGAAUCAUUUUGCCCUUAAGUGAUGUAAGGUAAUUUGGUUCUUGGAUUUUAAUAAUCAUUAAUUUACAUAUUGAAUUCUGUUCGAGUUCAAUAAUCAGAUACUUUAAAUUUUACUGUUCAACCUACUUCAACGCUAUUGGAGCUAGAGGGAUCAACGAUUUUGACAAACAUAAUUGAGAUUAUGAAAGAGUAAUUUUAUAACAAUUUAGUGGAUUCAGCGUAAAAUUUAAUCUUAAAUUAAUAAUUAUUAUGCAUAUUUUAUCUGACCUUUGAGAUCGUAUUGGCUAUUUUCUAUUUUGCGAAGAUCGAUAAAUAUAAUUAUCAGCAAUUCUUAUAUUUAAAGUAGAGUGUGUAUUUGUUUCCUCGCCACACAUUAAUUUUUGAUGAUUCCUUCUAUAGAAACUUUAGGAGUAUAGUUAACGAGGAAAAUUUAUUAGAUUGA